AUGCCCACCCACAUCAGCCCACCCUGUGGCUGCAUCACUGCCACUGCUGCAUUCCAGGCCUGGCAGCUCAAGCUGCCGGUGAGGCUGCGCUGCUCCACCUCAGUGAUUGUGGAUUUGGCUGUGUGCCAGGAGAGCUCUCUAGACAAUAUCCACCUGUGUUACUUGGGGGUCCUGUGUAUGGCUUUGCUGCUCCCCUAUGGUGCUGACACCUGGUUCUGGAUGCACUGUCCAGAUCUGCCUCACCAGCUCUGUUCAGCAUUGAGGCCCUUCACUUCCUUUGGGUUCUCUGUGGAGCCAUCUGAUACUCUGGCAGUGCGAGGAUCCCCUGCCCUACUCAACUGCUCUGUGUACAGCGACAGCCCGGCAAGGGUAGAGUGGAGGAAGGACGGUGCUUUUCUCAGCCUGGGCUCAGACGAGCGCAAGCAGCUGCUGCCGGACGGUUCCCUCCUCAUCACCUCGGUGGUACACUCCAAACACAACAAACCCGAUGAGGGCGUCUACCAGUGUGUGGCCUCCAUAGACAACCUGGGCACCAUCAGCAGCCGAACAGCACACCUCAAUGUGGCAGGCAUGCCUAGGUUCACCAGUCAACCUGAAGGAGCUUCUGUUUGGCAAGGAGACAGCCAGGUUAUGAGCUGUGAAAUGAAUCCAGAGCUGGUCUCCUUUUCACGCUGGGAACGAAACAAGGAGCCAGUCCAGCUGGACCAGCGUGUCUUCAUGUUGCCCAGUGGAGCCUUGGUCAUCAGCAAUGCCUCAGAGGUGGAUGUGGGUUUUUACCGAUGUGUGCUGGAGAACGCAGGUCCCGUGAGGAACAGUGAAGAGGCUGAACUGCGGCUAAUACCUGACACCGGAGAGGAGAGAGGGCUGGAGUUCAUAAGACAGCCGGAGCCUGUGUCUAAGGCCGUGGGGGAGAAUGUGCUGCUUCCCUGUGUGGUGACAGGCUACCCUGCGCCCUAUGUCAGAUGGAUGCACAACGACCAGCUUAUUGAGGAGAGCGACAGUCGCUUUGAGGUGCUCGGGGGUGGCAGUCUGCGGAUUUUCAACCUGACCCAAGAAGAUGCUGGACUAUACUCCUGUAUGGCCGACAAUGUGAAUGACUCUAUUGAAGCCCAAGCAGAACUUACAAUACAAGUUCCCCCAACAUUCCUGAAGAAACCUAACAACAUUUAUGCCCAUGAAUCCAAGGACAUUGUCUUUGAAUGUGAGGUCAUGGGCUCACCUGCUCCAACUGUCAAAUGGCUCAAGAAUGGAGAAGCUGUCAUUCCCAGUGACUACUUCAAAAUCAUUAGGGAGCAUAAUCUGCAGGUUCUGGGUCUGGUGAAGACAGAUGAGGGUUUUUACCAGUGUUUGGCUGAGAAUGACGCAGGCAACGUGCAGGCCAGCGCACAGCUCAUCAUCCUGGACCACGCCAUUCCCUCACCCCCACCCACUUCACUGACCCGUUCCACUGCUGACCAUCUAACGCCAGGCUCCGGAGGCAGCGCUGGCCCCACCCCCUCCGCCCCACGUGAUGUGGUGGCUUCCCUGGUGUCUACCCGUUUCAUCAAGUUGACCUGGCGCCAGCCUGCAGAACCACAUGGAGAGGACAUCACCUACUCUGUGUAUUACAGCAAGGAUGGAGCCAACCGGGAGCGAAUAGUGAAUACCAGUCGCCCAGGGGAAACUCAAGUCACUAUUCAGAACCUCAUGCCCGAUACUAAAUACGCCUUUCGGGUGGUAGCUCUGAACAGACAUGGCCUUGGGGAGAGCUCCACACCCCUGAGGGUGGCCACACAACCUGAGGUGCAAGUGCCAGGACCAGCCCCCAACUUCCACGCUGUGCCCAUGUCUCCCACCUCAGUUGCCCUCAGCUGGGAGAAGCCGCUCACGGGCAAUGGAGAGAUCCUGAAUUAUAAACUGUACUACAUGGAGAGGGGUUUGGAAAAUGAGCGGGACACUGAUGUUGGAGGUCUUUCCUACACUAUGACUGGAUUGAAGAAGUUCACAGAAUACAGUUUCAGAGUUGUAGCCUACAACAAGCAUGGGCCUGGAGUCUCCACAGAGGACGUAACUGUGCAGACCUUCUCUGAUGUUCCUAGCGCGCCCCCUCAGAAUCUGACCGUGGAAGUCUUGAACUCAAAGAGCAUCAUGGUCAGGUGGCAGCCCCCGCCCGCAGAUGCUCAGAAUGGCGAGAUCAUUGGUUAUAAAGUGCGUUACAGGAAGGGUACAAGGAAGAGUGAGGUGACAGAGUUGACCUCAGGAACACAACUCCAUCAGCUCAUAGAAGGUCUCCAGCGUGGCACUGAGUACACGGUGCGAGUGUCGGCCAUCACAGUGAAUGGCUCCGGGCCAGCCACAGACUGGACCACUGCAGAGACUUUUGAAAGUGACCUGGAUGAGUCACGGGUUCCAGACAUGCCCAGCUCGUUGCAUGUGCGACCUCUUGUGAACAGUAUCGUGGUGAGCUGGACUCCACCAGAGAACCAGGACAUAGUGGUUAGAGGCUACACUAUUGGAUAUGGUAUAGGCAGCCCCCAUGCACAAACCAUUAAAGUAGACUACAAACAGCGAUACUACAGCAUCGAUAACCUAGAUCCCAGCUCACACUACGUUAUCACUCUGAAGGCCUUCAACAAUGUGGGGGAAGGUAUCCCUGUGUAUGAGAGUGCCAUUACAAGACCCCAAUCAGACCCCAUAGACCCUGAUGUUGAUUUGUACGACCUUUUCCAUGCUCCAUACACUCCAGUACCAGAUCCCAUACCCAUGCUGCCUCCAGUGGGUGUUCAGGCCUCUGUUCUGAGCCAUGACACCAUCAAAGUCACCUGGGCUGACAAUUCUCUGCCCAAGAACCAGAAGAUCACAGACGCACGCUACUACACUGUGCGCUGGGUGACCAACAUACCCGCAAACACUAAGUAUAAGACAGCGAACACUACCACCCUAAGUUACAUGGUGACUGGUCUGAAGCCCAAUACACUCUAUGAGUUCUCUGUUAUGGUUACCAAGGGCAGGAGAACCAGCACCUGGAGCAUGACUGCUCAUGGAACAACAUUUGAGACAAUCCCAAGCUCCCCUCCUAAGGACGUGACUGUGGUGAGCAAGGAGGGACGUCCUCGCACCAUCAUAGUCAACUGGCAGCCUCCGUCAGAGGCGAAUGGCAAAAUCACAGGCUAUAUCAUCUAUUACAGUACAGACGUGAAUGCAGAGGUGCAUGACUGGGUCAUUGAGCCUGUGGUAGGUAAUAGACUGACCCAUCAGAUUCAGGAGCUGACCGUGGACACCACCUAUUACUUUAAGAUUCAAGCCCGCAACUCCAAAGGGAUGGGCCCCAUGUCUGAGGCUGUGCAGUUUCGUACUCCUAAAGCUGAAUCCUCUGACAAAAUGGCUAAUGACCAAGCCUCUGGUAUGCCUGGUGUCAAACCAGGAAUCAGACCCUCUGUCUCGGAUCCUGGCUCUGGAUCUGCAGUUGGGAAAUCAGGCAUGGCUGGCACCAGUGACCACCACAUCUUGGUUAUCAUCAUCAUCAUCUCGGUGGGGGCCUUCACCAUUAUUGUGGUGGUGGUGGGAGCCUUCCUGUGCACUCGCCGCACUACCUCACAGCAGAAAAAGAAACGUGCCGCAUGCAAAUCUACUAAUGGAUCCCACAAGUACAAAGGCAACUCCAAAGACUUAAAGCCACCAGAUCUUUGGAUUCACCAUGAGCGUUUGGAGCUCAAACCAAUUGACAAGUCCCCCGAACCCAAUCCGGUUAUGACCGAUACCCCUAUCCCCCGCACCUCCCAAGACAUCACGCCAGUGGAUACCACCAUGGACCCAAUGCUACAGAGACGUAACUCCAGCUCCUACCGCGGCCAUGAGUCAGAGGACAGCAUGUCUACGCUGGCAGGGCGUCGGGGAAUGAGGCCUAAAAUGAUGAUGCCCUUUGAUGCUCAGCCCCCUCAGCCUGUGAUUAGUGCUCACCCCAUCCAUUCGCUCGAUACUCAUCAGCACCAUUAUCACUUGGGCAGCCUGGCCUCGCCGACACGCAGCUAUCUCCACCACCAGACCAACUCACGGCCAAUCACCACCCCCACAUCUCACCUAGACAGGGCCGACUCCUCAGAGUCAGUGAGGAACACACCAAGCACAGACCUCCUUCCCAGUUCAGCCCAGCCCCUCUGCACUACUGACCACUCAGAGACUGACGUCAGCUACCACAGCUCAGCAACAGAGGAGGAGCCUAGCUAUAACCCGCCCACCGCCCACGUACGCCCCUCACACCCUCUGAAGAGCUUUGCAGUGCCAGCUAUACCACCCCACAAUCCCACAUUUGAUUCCCCAGCACUCCCCACCACCCCACUGCUGUCUCAGACAGGGCCACACUCAGCAAAGACUGCCUCCAUUGGCACUCUGAGUAGGACAAGGACACCAAUGCCUGUUAUAGUGCCCAGUGCACCAGAAGUGUCAGAGACCAGCAGAAUGAAGGAGGAUAUUGACAGCAACUAUGAUACGGAUGAGUUGACAGAAGAGAUGGCCCAUCUGGAGGGUUUAAUGAAGGACCUAAAUGCCAUCACGACAGCCUGAGAACAGCCCGCACUCCCACACUCACCUGUGCAGGGAGCACACUCAACAUGUUCUCAAUCCCUCAGAAAACCGAGAGAGAGAGAGAGAGAAAAGAAGCAACUAGACGCAACCUUUGGGCUUACCUUGCUUACUCUCAGGAAGGAGAUGGCCAUUGUAUAAAGACAGUUCACAUUUCGAAACGGAGUG